UCGGGAUAACAGGCAGGGCAGGACAGGACCGAGAACACAAAGGGGAACACCGUAGACACGAAGCAUCUGCAGCCUGCAACCCUCUGCACCAUCAUGGAGCUCUAUCUGGACCUGGUUUCUCCACCGUGCCGUGCUGUCUACCUGUUCGCAGAAGCUCUCAAAAUCCCUUUUGAGUUCAAGCUGGUCGACCUCUCAGCAGGACAGCAGUACACUGAGGAGUUUGGAAGACUCAGCAUCGUGAAGAAGGUUCCUGUUCUGAAGGACGGCAGCUUCGUUCUGACAGAAAGCACUGCAAUCCUGGAGUACCUGGUGCAGAAAUGUUCUGUGGCGGACCACUGGUUUCCAGCUGACCUGCAGCAGCGAGCUCGUGUUAAUGAAUACUUGUCCUGGCAGCACCUAAACCUCCGAUCUCACUGCUCAAAGGUCUUCCUGCUCAGGACUGUGUAUCCAUUCGUUAUGGGCUCCGAGGUCCCGAAGGAGAAGAUGGACACUGCUGUGGAGGACAUGAAGCUGUCCCUCAACAUGCUGGAGGAAAAAUUCCUGCACAACAAGCCGUUCAUCCUUGGGAAUAAGAUCUCUCUGGCUGACCUGGUGGCCAUGGUGGAGAUCAUGCAGCCUCUGGCGGUGGGCGUGGACGGGCUGGAGGGCCGGCCGAAGCUGACGGCCUGGAGGGACCGAGUGAAGAAGGAGCUUGGAGAAAAGCUGUUCGACCAGGCUCACGAGGCGGUCCUGAACUCCAGCGGCUUGCAGCAGAAGAUGCAGAACAACAGCGAGAUCCAGAAGCUCAAACCCAUGUUACUCAAGUAUUUCCGCUGAGGACCAGAAAUAAAGAUUUGAUCUCAUGUUUGGUUGUUUCAGCAGAACUCCGCUGCAGGGCUGAGAAAGAACUGAACCAUCAUUCGGGUAUUAAAGGUAUUAAAAACUGGAUCUGUGUAUUGUGUUCAAUAAAAACAUGAGCAAAAUAAA